CUGUCUUCGCAGCAGUUAACGGAUAACCAACAAGCCCACUUCCAAACCCAGAGCCAUGGCCUUCAAGUUCUUCGCUGUUCUCGCCCUCGUUUCGGCCGUCAGUGCCGGAGUUCUUCCCGUCCAGCAGGUGUACCACGCCGCCCCCGCCGUGGCCACCUACGCCCAUGCCCCGGUUGCCGUGGCCCACGCCCAGCCCGUCUUGGCCAAGGCCGCCGAGGAGUACGACCCCCAUCCCCAGUACAAGUUCGCCUACGAUGUCCAGGACGCCCUCUCCGGUGACUCCAAGAGCCAGGUGGAGGAGCGCGAUGGCGACGUGGUGCAUGGCGAGUACUCCCUGAUCGAUGCCGAUGGCUUCAAGCGCAUCGUGCAGUACACCUCCGACCCGGUCAACGGAUUCAACGCCGUCGUCAACCGCGUGCCCCUGGAACAUGUAAAGACCGUCGUGAAGACCGUGGCUCCUGUGGCUCUGCCCGUUGCUGCUGCCCCGAUUCCAGUGGCCUACCACCAGCACCACUAAGAAUCUGGCCAACUGAUUUGUGGAAUCUGUUGUAGAUCAAUAAAUUGUUGAAUAUUUGUAAG